UUGCCUUGGCAACUUCAGGCGUGGGAUUGUUUGAGGAAAUGAAAGCGUAUGAAGCAUGGCUGUUCAACACUGGGCAGAUGCGCUUAGAAAAGCCAAGAAAACUGCCUUAAUAUCGGAUGGGAAAAGGAAAGCUCAUUAUCUGUUUGAGGAUGGAAAUGAGAUGGCUGAGGAGUAUGACCUGAAAACUGACGAACUUGUCUUGCGAAAGUGGCGACAUAAAACCACUUUUGGAGGGCAGGGGCAGUGGACAUGGGAAGUUGGUGAAACAAACCCAAAUGACAUUACCUCUGAUUUAAUAAAAGAGAACAGUUCAAAUCCAUUGUUCAUGCGUAAGGACACAAAGGCCAGUUUCCAAUGGAGGAUCCGUAAUAUUUCAUAUCCUGUUGAAGUCUACAGUGUGUCAGCAGAGCCGACGGAAAGAUUUUGUGUCAUUCGAACCUCAAACAAAAAGUACUAUAAGAAGUUCAGUAUUCCAGAUCUCGACCGUUGCCAGCUGCCUUUGGAGAGCGCAGCCUUGAGUUUUACACACGCCAACAACACUUUAAUCAUCAGCUACAAGAAGCCCAAGGAGAUUUUAACACUGGAACAGGAGCUGCUUGUGGAACUGAAGAAACUGAAGGGGACAAGUGAAGGAGAUAUUGACUGUAAAACUCAGUGAACUGCUGUUGCGUUAUUGUAUUUGUCUGGAAGCGGUUCUGCACAUUCACUUCAGCUCUGUGUCUCACGUUGGCAUGUUUCUGUCAGCCUUGUGCAUCCAAGCAACUCACUUUCAAUGUGUGCUCAAUUUCAAAUGGUGUUCUGAAUGAUGUUCCUACAACUGUUCUUUGUUAAAUAAUGCGUUCACUGACUAAAAUACAAUAAAAUUAUUAUAA